AUGGCCGCUCUGAUUCCAUUGUUGCAGUCACUGUGGCAAGAACCACAUGGAGUUGCAGCACAAUUGAUUUUCUUCCUUUUCUUUCCCCUUUUCCUUCUUUUGCUUAAGCACAGAUCAACAAGAGUUAGCAAUCUCAAGGUACCUCCAUCUCCGCCAAAAUUACCGAUAAUUGGCAACCUCCAUCAGAUAGGCACAUUCCCACAUCGCUCUCUUAGAUCCCUCUCUAACAAAUAUGGUCCCCUAAUGCUCUUGCGCUUAGGAAGUGUUCCAACUCUUGUGGUUUCUUCACCAGAAAUGGUCAAAGAAAUUAUGAAGACCAAUGAUGUUGUUUUCUCGAAUCACGCAAGACCAACUUCUGUAGAUAUCAGCUUCAAUGGAGGCCGAGACUUGGUGUUUUCGCCCUAUGGCGAGUACUGGAGACAGCUGAGGAAGAUUUGUGUUCAAGAGCUUCUUAGUCAUCAUCGAGUGCAAUCGCAACAGUUCCUGAGGGACGAAGAAGUUGAUGUUUUGAUCCAGAGGAUACGACGUUCAUGUCUAGAUCAUAAAGAUGAAUCGGUUAAUCUAACUGAGUUACUGCUUGAUGUCACGAACUACAUAGUAUGUCGGUCUGUUCUCGGACAAAGGUACGAAGGAGAAGGAGGUAAGAGCAGAUGGGGGGAGUUGUCUGUAAAGCUAGUUUUGGCAUUUCCAACCUUCUUUUUCAGAGACUAUUUUCCUUGUCUGGGAUGGAUGGACGAGCUUCUGGGCAUGAUGAGGAGGUUGGAAAAGACUUCCAAAGAGGCAGAUGCGUUCUUGGAGCAGGCGAUUAAGGAGCAAGAGAUGUUGAAGACAGAUUCUAGCAGCCUUUCUAAUAAGCGAUAUUUUUUAGAUAUUCUUCUCCAGCUUAAAGCUAAUGGCUCACAAAGUUUUGAUCUCAAUCGAGCCACCAUCAAAGCGAUCCUACUGGACAUGUUUGUGGGAGCAACAGAUACAUCGAGGACAACAAUGGAGUGGGCAAUGACAGAGCUCAUGAGAAACCCUCAUAUCAUGAAGAAAGCGCAGCAAGAGAUCAGACAAGUGGUGGGAAAGAAAUCAAAGAUAGAUGCGAAUGAUGUCAAUCAUAUGGGAUACUUUAAAUGUGUCAUUAAGGAGACGCUUCGACUGCAUGCUCCUGCGCCUCUCUUGGUUCCCAGAGAAACAUCUGCAACUACUAGACUUGGAGGAUAUGACAUUCCUCAAAAAGCAAGAGUGUAUAUCAAUGCAUGGGCCAUUCAAAGGGAUCCCAAAGUUUGGGACAAAGCAGAGGAAUUUAUUCCAGAGAGAUUUGAGAAGAAUAACUUAGCUGAUUCUAUAGACCAAGAAUGCAAAUUCUUCCCAUUUGGCGGUGGGAGAAGGAUCUGUCCUGGUGUUUCGUAUGGGCUUGCAACGAUUGAAUAUGCUAUGGCCAACCUCUUAUACUGGUUUGAUUGGGAGUUGCCCGCUGGAGUAAAAGAGGAGGAUUUAGACAUGAGUGAGAUCUUUGGGCUAGCUAUUCAGAAGAAAGUUCCUCUUCACGUUGUACCAAUUCCAUACAAUCCUUGA